CUUCUUUGAGAUUCAGCAUUCUAUAAUAGGUCUUCCAUGUCUUUUAAUGUAUGCAACGCCAAGAACAAACAAACGAAGGCAGAAUUUUGCUAACUCCAUCUUUUCUCUCUUUUUUUUUCUCCAGACUAUGUCAGAGAGUCACAAUGACCUUGCACAAUAACAGUACAACCUCGCCUUUGUUUCCAAACAUCAGCUCUUCCUGGCUACACGGCCCCUCCGAUGCAGGGCUGCCCCCAGGGACAGUCACUCACUUUGGCAGCUACAACGUUUCUCGAGCAGCUGGGAAUUUCUCCUCUCCAAAUGGUACCACCGAUGACCCUCUGGGAGGUCAUACCAUCUGGCAAGUGGUCUUUAUCGCGUUCUUAACGGGCAUCCUGGCCUUGGUGACCAUCAUUGGCAACAUCCUAGUAAUAGUAUCAUUUAAGGUCAACAAGCAGCUGAAGACAGUGAACAACUACUUCCUCUUAAGCCUGGCUUGUGCCGAUCUGAUUAUAGGUGUCAUUUCAAUGAAUCUGUUUACUACCUACAUCAUCAUGAAUCGAUGGGCUUUGGGGAACUUGGCCUGUGACCUCUGGCUGUCCAUUGACUAUGUGGCCAGCAAUGCCUCCGUCAUGAACCUUCUGGUCAUUAGCUUUGACAGGUACUUCUCCAUCACGAGACCACUCACCUACCGAGCCAAACGAACAACAAAGAGAGCCGGUGUGAUGAUCGGUCUGGCCUGGGUCAUCUCCUUUGUCCUUUGGGCUCCUGCCAUCCUGUUCUGGCAGUACUUUGUAGGGAAGAGAACUGUGCCCCCCGGGGAGUGUUUCAUUCAGUUCCUCAGCGAGCCCACCAUUACCUUUGGCACGGCCAUCGCUGCUUUUUAUAUGCCUGUCACCAUCAUGACUAUUUUGUACUGGAGGAUCUAUAAGGAAACUGAAAAACGUACCAAAGAGCUUGCCGGCCUGCAAGCCUCUGGGACAGAAGCAGAGGCAGAGAACUUUGUCCAUCCCACGGGCAGUUCUCGAAGCUGCAGCAGUUACGAACUUCAACAGCAAAGCACGAAACGCUCAACCAGGAGGAAGUACGGCCGCUGCCACUUCUGGUUCACGACCAAGAGCUGGAAGCCCAGCGCCGAGCAGAUGGACCAAGACCACAGCAGCAGCGACAGCUGGAACAACAACGAUGCUGCCGCCUCCCUGGAAAACUCUGCCUCCUCCGACGAGGAGGACAUCGGCUCGGAGACGAGAGCCAUCUAUUCUAUCGUGCUCAAGCUUCCAGGCCACAGCACCAUCCUCAACUCCACCAAACUGCCCUCAUCAGACAACCUGCAGGUGCCGGAGGAAGAGCUGGGGAUGGUGGACUUGGAGAGGAAAGCCAGCAAGCUGCAGGCCCAGAAGAGCAUGGACGAUGGAGGCGGUUUUCCAAAAACCUUCUCCAAGCUUCCCAUCCAGCUAGAGUCGGCCGUGGACACAGCCAAGACUUCUGACAUCAACUCCUCAGCGGGCAAGACCACGGCCGCUCUACCUCUGUCCUUCAAGGAAGCCACUCUGGCCAAGAGGUUUGCUCUGAAGACCAGAAGUCAGAUCACAAAGCGGAAAAGGAUGUCCCUCAUCAAGGAGAAGAAAGCAGCCCAGACCCUCAGCGCCAUCUUGCUUGCCUUCAUCAUCACCUGGACGCCCUACAACAUCAUGGUUCUGGUGAACACCUUUUGUGACAGCUGUAUACCCAAAACCUAUUGGAAUCUGGGCUACUGGCUGUGCUACAUCAACAGCACCGUGAACCCCGUGUGCUACGCCCUGUGCAACAAAACAUUCAGAACCACUUUCAAGAUGCUGCUGCUUUGCCAGUGUGACAAAAAAAAGAGGCGCAAGCAACAGUACCAGCAAAGACAGUCGGUCAUUUUUCACAAGCGCGUGCCCGAGCAGGCCUUGUAGGGUGAAGUUUUAUCCAUAGCAGUGACAAAACGCACACAUCAACCCACAAACCUUAGGAGGAGGAGGAGGAGGAAGGUGAGGGUGGGGGUGAUUCCUGGGGAUGAUAAAAAUGUUUUUCAUCACCCAGAUUUGAAAGAAGCUGCCUGUUUACUGAUCCAUUGACUAAACCCAUUUUAAUAUAAAACGUCAAAUACCAAUUCAGCAAAAAAAAAAAAGAGCAUACUACUGAAUAUAAAGAAAUAUAUUCUGAAAUAGACUUUAAGUGUUUUUUUUUUUCUUAAAGAAGAAAAAAAAAUAUUGCUUCACAGCAAUUAUACACCCAAAUUGAUUAGCCUGGGUCUUUUAAUUGCUAUUAGCUUUGGAAUCUCAGAUAAGCAUAGCUGGCCCAGUUGCCACGUUCUUCCCGAGGGUCCCAAAAUUGUUGAUGCAGACCCCACGUGCAACACAGCAGGCGAAUCUGCGGUUCUGAAAUUAUUUCAUCCCUUGCGAAGCUGAAUCUUCUUGUCCCAAUAGAGCUUCCUGUCUUCUCUUUGGUGUGUUUGUUAAACUCUAUUUGUGGACUUGAUUCUCGAUUCUUGCAA